UUUUAAUAGUAGUUAAUGUUUCCACAUGUUUCUCAAAAUGUUCAAAACCAUUCACAUUUAGAACUUGGCGGCCUGUAGACGCAAAAGUGAACCUUGGGGAGUUGCCUAUUUUGAUGUCAAAAUCUAAAACCUCAAUGUCUUCAUGGUGUUGCACACCAGUAACCUGAAAUUUAUUUUAUAGGAAAACGCGUCAUAUAAUAGGUCCUGUAUGUACAUCAUAAGGUAGAAUUAAUUUAAGACAGAAUAAGUUUUUUUUUGUUUUUUUUUUAAAAUUUAAAUUUGGACGUGACUCAAAUUUCUAUAACAAUGUCUAAAAUCACCAUCUUAAUGCGGGGGUGGUGGUGUUAGGGGUAGGGGGUGCAUACACCCGAACUUUACGCCCGCCCCCUCUUCUUGACAAUUCCUGAAUCCUCUCCCCGCUCAUAUCGCUCUCUUCCGGCCUCGCCCUCCACAGACAAUCCCCCCUCCCCCCAUUUCCCAAAGAAAUUGUCCCGCUCAAUCAUCUUAUAACUGUAAGGCAGAUAGAAAUACACGUGUUUAGUUUUAUUCCCGCGGAUUUCACAACCUGGAAGAAAAAAAACAAACAAAAAAACAAAAAACAAAAAAAAACAACCUGUCAGCCAAAAAUAGCUCGUCUUGCUAGUUUACAUUGGGUCACGUGAUCGUAAACAACAAACACGAAAAAUACCGACAUGGCUACGAAAAUAUUUUGACGUUGUGAAAUGUGGAGUUUGUGAGAAUUCUGAUUGAAACAGGAGCUUUAGCAUUCACGGAGACUUUUAUAUUUGACUUAAGGGUUUGAUUGACAGCCACACAGCAUCCUGACAUCAGUAAACCCCGCCCCAGACAUGGCUGACACAGAGGGAUCAUUCCGGACAUUGGUCAGUGUCAAUGGGACAGAUGAGGAAGAGAAAAAAUCUAAUGGAGUGGAGAUGAAAAAUCUUCUUGAAGAUGAUGAUGAGCCUCAAGUCCAGCCCAGCGGGAUGAAACGCAGUGACACGGCCGACCUCCUAAAUCUCACACUACACCAGUGUGCCAGGAAUGGUGACACUCGUAGUAUGGAGAUCCUUCUGAGGUCCAUCACUGGAAACUUAAAGAAGAAAAUCAACAUGCGUGAUGAAGAGGGAGUAACAGCCUUGCAUUACGCAGCCCGCUAUAAUCAGUACGACAUCGUCAAAAUUCUACACAGCUACGGUGCAGAUAUUAACUCGCUGGAUGAGGAGGCGUUGACCCCGCUGCACUACGCGGCCCGCUACAAGCGAGAGAAACAGAGGAGGGGGGCUGAACUUGUGCUGGAUGAUCAAGAGCAAAGUGCAAUUCCGGCCAGUCACUCAGCAGAUGAGCUGGCGUCGCAAGACAUCGUCGUCGCAUUCCUGAUCAAGAAUGGUGCAGACAUGAACCGUGGGGACAAAUAUGGAUUAACUCCCCUGCACUACGCGGCCAUGAGGGGCAAUGAACUGGCCACAAGGGAACUGCUUCAGUUCAGAGGAAUCAACAUCGAGGCGGAGGACAAACAAGGAAUGACGUCUUUACAUAUGGCAGCAACACACAACCAUGUGGAGAUUGCCAGGCUGUUGAUCGAUUCGGGGGCCCAGCUUAGAUGCAAGGACAACGAAGAUCUGACCCCGCUCCACUGCGCUGGGUCGGAAGGGAAUAUUGAAAUUGUGCAAUUGAUGUUCCAGGCGGGUGCCAAACAGGAUGGCUGGGUUACCAUCUCAAAUAUGGUGACAGACAGAGAUUGUGACCAGAACACCUGUUUACACUUGGCUGUAGAGAAUGGACAUUAUGAUGUGGUCAAGCUUUGUCUGGACAAGCGGUCAGAUGUCAAUACACCCAGCAGUAAUUACAUGUAUCCUUUACACCUGGCAGCCAAAGCAGGAGACAUCAGGUGCGUGAAAUUGUUGGUCCAGCAUCACGCCAGGAUUGACGCUCUGAAUGAUGAGAUGGCCACGCCCCUUCACAUCGCUGCUGGAUACAACCACAAGGAUGUUGUAGAAUUCCUGAUAGAAAGGAAAGCUCCGCUGGAGAAACGAGACAAGGAUAACUACACGCCGCUGUUGAUGGCGGCGUAUUCCGGUCACGCGGAGUCUCUGGACACUCUGCUGAAGAAAGGUGCGGAUUACGAGGCUGUCGACAAAAACGACAAAACAGCGGUGUAUCUCGCCGCCGAGGAGGACAAACUUGACGCACUCAAGACUAUGUUGGCAUACCCAGACGUCCGGAGACUGGUGGACGUUGGUGAUCGCUAUGACAAUCAUCCCCUCCACAUUGCUGCUCAGGAUGGCUACCUCAGUAUUGUAAAGUGCCUGAUUGAACACGGUGCAGACUUGGAUUGUAAAAAUGAAGAGGAGCAAACUCCACUUCAUCUCGCUGCCAAAAACGGCAGGACCAAUGUUGUGAGAGAGUUGGUGAUACGUGAUCACUCAUCUGUGAACGACGAAGACGAGGACUCCAACACGGCUCUACAUCUGGCCACGCUUCACGGACACACCAAGGUCGCCAUGAUUCUCAUUAAGAACGGUGCCGACGUCGCAGCCAGAAACUCUGUUUUAUGGACGCCGCUGGAUUGUGCGGCUGCGAAGGGUUGGCUGAAGACAGUCAAGUGUCUGUUAGACGCAGAUGCACCGGUUGACCCCAUGGAUAAGACUAAAACAACACCCCUUCACUUGGCAUCACGCUACGGACAUGCUGAUGUCGUGAAAUGUUUACUGGAUCAUUUUGCAAACGUUUCACAACGAGACACAGAUGGCAACAACUGUAUGGAUAUGGCCAUCGACAACAACAAACCUGAGGUUGCCUUGGUAAUCAUCAACAGUGACAAAUGGGAGGAUGCCAUGAGAAAUGAGACCCCGGAUAUUGGCACCGGGCUGAGGACCACGCCCAUGAGGAAACUCAUCAAGAAAAUGCCAGAUGUGGCAGAGUCGGCAUUUUUGCGAUGCAUGACCACAAACAACAGGAAUCCAGAGCACCCAGACUACAAGUGCACAUUUAACUACGAGUUUCUGGACGACACAUACUCCAACUGGACAGAGGGCGGAACCAGUGAUGGGUCAGGAUCAGGCAGUGUGUAUAAUGAGGAUUUCUAUCUCUUCUUUACAGGCAGUGUGUAUAAUGAGGAUUUCUCCCUCAAUGUCUUGGCUAGACCAUACACUUCUGACUCCAGUGAAAUGAAGAGCAACCAUCCACUCAUGAUAAUGGUGAACUCUAAGCGGGAGGAUCUUCUAGCUCAUCCUCUGGUGAACGCUCUACUCCGUCACAAGUGGAACAGCUUUGGGCGGACCUUCUACUACAUGAACUUUUUGAUUUACGCUGUCUUCCUCGUCUUUCUCACUGGGUACAUCGUAUCCACGGACCCUCCUUUUGAAGUGUAUCAAGCUUUAGGUAUGGAAUCGAGUGUCGCAGAGAAAACAGCGUGUAGCAAUGCGUCGAGUAGACAUACACUGGACAGCUCGGAAUUCGAUCAGCCCCUGUUUGCUACAAUUGGAAAAUACGUCAUCAUGGCGUUGUCUGCUUGGAAUUUACUAAGAGAGUUGUUGCAGAUUUACCAGGCCAAGCUGCAGUAUCUGGGGUUCGAGAAUCUGAUUGAGUGGGUCACCUACGUCUGUGCCUUAUUGCUGGUGAUCGACUUUGAGAACUGUCAGCGAUCCACGGGAUACAGAUUCACGUGGCAGUGGUCAGUGGGGGCUGUGGCAAUCUUCCUCUGCUGGAUUAAUCUGGUUCUCUUCCUCCAGAAAUUCCCGCGGUUUGGGAUCUACGUUGUCAUGUUUAAAGACAUUCUUAACACCUUCCUUCAAUUCGCCAUCGUCUUCUUUCUGUUCGUUGUUGCCUUUGGUCUGGGAUUCUACACAGUGCUACAAAACCAGGAUGCAUUUGCUACGGUGUGGGAGUCGCUCAUUAAGACCACGGUGAUGAUGAUUGGCGAGUUUGAGUACGAGAACAUUUUCUAUGGUGAGAAGCAAGGUGAACAAGAUUUCUACCCCGAGAUCACCUACAUCAUGUUCGUCGUCUUCAUGAUUUUGAUGUCCAUCAUCAUCAUGAACUUACUGGUUGGUUUGGCUGUAGAUGAUAUCAAGGCUGUACAGGAGCAGGCUGCACUCAAGAGAAUGGCUAUGCAGGUUGAGUUAGCUUUAGAUGUGGAGAGGGUGGUGCCAGAAUUUAUACGGCGCCGUUUUGUGACAAAGUGUGACACUUACAGACCCAACAGGAAGACCUUGAAUCCCCUGAAGCUCCUGGCCCGGGCCGAGGCUGGCGACCUCUCCUCACAGGCCAUCUCUAAAGCCCUGGACCCUGACCUGGAUGAGAUAGAGAAGGUCAUGGAGACUCAGGAGAAGUUGCAGAAGGACAUCACCAAGCUGAAGGGCGGAGUUAAGAACAUCCGGGAACAGACUGCUCGUCUGGAGAGCAUGCUCAUGUGUCUGCUAGAGCAGUCGGGGAUCAGCGACUUUAAAGAGGAAGACUUCCAGGAGGGUGACUGAGAGGGCAAAUCUCAAAGGACAGAAAACGUCACCAGGGUCAUUUGUAAACUUUUGUCAUGUUUCGUCAAUAUUGAAUAUUGUAAUGGAUUGUUUACCAUAGUUCUUAGAAGAGGAUAUCUCAAAAGACAAGAAAUGAUUACAGGAAUCAUCUCAGAACUUAAUUCUUGCAUGUAUUGUGUCACUGUUAAAGAUGUAUAUGCGGAUCCUCUCAAAGGAUGAAAAAUUUAACUGAGUGCGACAUGGAUCAUCUCAAAUAUCAUCAAUGUCGGGUAUCCUGUGUACUGCUCAAGGCUGAAUUUUACAGCCCAUUUUAAGAAAAUUUAUCUCAUUGUUGAAUACCCCACUGCAAGUGUUGUGCUGAUUUUGUGAUAGUUAAAGAAUUUAUUAUAUCCAGAUAGCUGUCAUUUUAUACUUCAUCAAGUAUCAGAUCACACAAGUGACAAAGGCGUCAUUUUGAAAUGAGAAUUCUGAUAGAGUCAACCAUGGUAAUGUUACUCAAUGAUUAAUCGACAAAACUGUCAGCAGAGAUUGAAAAAUAAUGUUGCAUUAUGGACGGGUAAUAUUUUAUGAGUUUGAUCACUUACAUGCAAUAUUUGUCCUCUUUUGUUUUAAAUCUGUAUAUAUAAGGCAUAAUGUACUGGUACUUGUAUAUAGCCGUCUGUAUUUAUAUUUGGAAAAAUUAUUUUUGUCCCUAGCAAAAGAUCACAUCGAUCAUCAUGAAUAUUCAAUGCUACAUUUUAUUUAUAUGUUUAUCAAAUUGGAUUUAUUUAUAAGGUUUGGGAUUUGUAAUUAUAUAGUAACCAGAUAAUUACAGUGUAUAUUAUUUGAUUUUAGUUGCUUUAAUAUUUUUUUGCAGUUUGUUUUCAAUAUAGAUAAAUCAUGACUGUCAAAUUCCUAGGCUGUUUUUGUCUACAAUCUAUUUUAUUUUGGUCUACAAUCUAUUUUAUUUUUGUUUACAGCUAGUUCUGUGACCUGAUAUUGUAUGUGAAUUGUCUGUAUAAUUAGUUUUGCCCUACGUGGGCAGAGUUUUGUUUGGUUGUUUCUGUGCUAAAGUUUUAUUUAUACAAACCCAUGCCAUUGUUUGUCGAUGUGAUCGCAGAUUUGUGUACUUGAAUUUUGUCUUUACGCAUGGAAGCGACGGAUUCUGAUGAGGCUUGCUGUGCAUAAUGAUUCUCAUUUCUACACACCACAGGGUACCUAGUUCUCCCACCACUGAUGUUUUGUGAAACAGUUUUUACGAAGAUAAGUAAUUACAAAAUACCUCAGGAUUUUUUUUUAUUUUCAACAUGUACAGUUUUUUUUAACAUAUCGGUCAGCGUCAUAGAACCGGUAUUAUGAUGUGAACAAGCCUCACCUAUUUCACAUAUCAACAGAUAAUCGGGUAAAAGUGAGAGAAGUAUCGGGUUCUGUUGCUCCAGUCAUUAGUACAUGGUUCUCGUAAGUACAGCUUCUAUCGAGAUAACUUGAUUCUUAAAAAUUGCCGGUAUUUCGAAGUCAGAAAGAAAAAUGUACUACAUGUGUGUUUGUGUUCGAUUGUGUAUAUCCAAAUUCUUGUGUUGUAAAAAUAUGUUUUGUGUUAUUAAUUGUGGUAUGCCUUUUGAAUUACCUACAGUUUAGGUGACUGAUAUUAUGCAUUAUGGAGGUAUAACACACGUAUUAAGACUCUCGGGAAUGGAAGUUUAGGAAAGGUAUGAGAAUUUGCCUCAUGUUGCCGAAUAUUGCGUUUUUUGUGUAAACUCGUGGAGGAUAAAUAUAUUGAAAUUUCUAUGGAACUGUAAUGCAUGAUUUACAGAUUGCCUGCCUUAUCUCCUAAUACUAUGAUCUAAUCAGACAGAAAAGAAUUGUUGAUGAACAAGACUAUCUGAUUUUAACAUAUCAUGGCAGACAUCCGAUAAUAAGUCUCGGGGUGUGAUUUUUUCUCUUUUCAGAGGAAAUCCCCUGAUUUGCUCAAUUUUGGAAAAAAUGAAACCGCUUGGAUUUGAUCUAAAGUGGUAGAAAAUGAUAUUUUUCCAGGUAGGGUGAGGUGUUUUCCUCCCUUUUUGACCAGUUUUCCUCUGAUUUUUGAGGAAUUCAGUCACAUUCCUGAAGUCUGGGUGGUGUGUUAUUUCUCCAUAAUACGCUUACAAACAAAAAGUCUGUGAUAGCCUAAGACACAUCGUCAAUUUAUGACCAGGUUUUGUUUGCCCUUCAGCAGGACCAAGAAUUCAACUUUUUUUUCUGUGUACAUUUAAAAUUUUUCCCUUUACGAGAAUGCAGAUGACCAGAUUACUUAUUUUUUUUCUUUUUAUAGUUUAUUUCUUAAUAUUAUGUUUUUCAUGUUGAAAUUCUGUUGGUGCAUUUUGUAGGCUUAAGCCAAGGUUGUUCUUGAAUAUUUUAAGAAACAAUAUUUCUUUUUAUCAAGUUGAAUGUACCUUACAUUACUCAUCCUAUUUGGUCAUAUCUUCACGUUUUCUAGAGUCUGUUAAAUAUCAUACUUACUCAGAGUACUUUGUUAGAUAAAACGGAGUUCUGUAUUUCAUUUAUUGAUUGUAUAUUGAUUGUAUUUGAACAGAACUUUAAUUGUUUUGGAUGUCGUAAUAAUGCAUGAAUAUUGUACAGUUAUAUUCAGAAUAUAUUUCUAUUUUUUCCCCCUUUUUUUUCAAACACUGAUAUUUUGUACAGCUUUUUAAGCUACAAAAUGUGGGAUUUUUUUCAGAUUUUUUCCUUGUUAAACUAUACCGACCAGUAUCAAUGUGGCAUUACAAAACGAGCACUGGAUAAUCUGCUGAUUGUUUUAAUUAAGGUUCCCAUGUUUAAUUACACAGACAUGUCAGGAUUUCUUUUGUUAGGUGAAUAUACCAAUAGAAUUCAGUAAUCUUGUCAUGUACGACAUUUCUGAAGUACCAAACAGAUGCUGAUUGUAUUAAUCAUGAUUUUUUUUUUAUUCUUUGUCCCAAAUAUUGAUAAACGCAAUAUAUCUCAAUGUCCUUGAAAUUCGGUGAUCUUGCAAUCUAUUUUUUUUUCAUCAAUGUAACUCCCAUCCUGUCUGUGUGAUUUUUUUUAAUUUUAUACCAGUAUUGGAAUGUACUGUCCAGAAUAAAUUUUACAUGUCUAAAAAUCUACAAAUCUUCCUUACCAUAUUUUUCUGUGUUACAGUACUUGUGCCGUUUGUUAUUUUUUUUCUUUAUUCUUUUAUGAAAUAACAUUUAAUGUAGUUCAUAAUAAAAUGUAUUGAAUCAUA